CUUUUAGGUGAACUGCGGAUCAGCCGAAACGUCAAAGUCGAUAAGAAACGCGGCGUCGCUUUAUUAGUAUUUUUAUUAUUUCUUUUUAAUUUUCGUGCUUUUUUCUUCACCGCAGAUGGCUUGCACCGGAGCGAAAACAUUUCGAAGAUAAAAAAAAAUACUUGUCCAAAAUUUAAACACAAAGUUCUGAGGCAACUCCGGAGCUUGUUUCAGGUUUCAGGAGCUGCUGUCAGUUUUUCUAGGGACCUUUUGGCUCUGUUGUUGUUCUCCUAAAGCACUGUCUGCCUGUUUGUGUGCUUUUUCGAGUCCCACCACCAGCAGCCACUAGCUAUGUCCACCGUCGACUCGGCCGUGAGGGACGGCGACCAAAACAGAGACAACAGUAAAGACGACCCCGGAGCCAAAGUCGAGCUCCCGCAAGAGAAACCUGCCAAAGUCGGCGGAGAAGAACAAAACAACACGGCGGAGAAAGAAAACGAGCCGAGCACGACGAGCAAGGACACGAAGGAAGGAGAGAACGGCAAGGCGAAAGUGCUGGAGGCUCCGCCGCCCAAAGUGAACCCGUGGACGAGGAAGAGCAGCAGCACAUGUCCUCCCAGCACUCAGACUGACUCUCAGAACCCUGCCAAAGUGGUGCGCGCCAGUAAGCCCAGAUCCAGGAAGUCCAGUAAGUCAAGUGACUUCAGUGACAUCACAAACUGGCCUACUCCUGGAGAAAUAGCCAACAAAGAGCAGCAGCAGAACGUGAUCAACGCGCAGGGCCGGAAGCCGACGGUGGGACGGAGGGAGAGAAGGAGGGAUCGUGGAGGAGAGAAGAGGGAGAAGGAGAGCGGCAGUGAUGGAAGUGACAGUAAAGAGAACAGGGAGGCGCAGCAGGAGCCGCUGACACACCUCCCCACCGAGGAGGGGAAGGAAACGGGCAAAGAGACGCAGAACAGCGCCUCCCGCAGGAGGGGAGGCUGGAGGAGGGAGCGGGACUUCUUCGACGAUGCGUCCAGUAUCCGCAGUGAGGGCAGCAGUGUCCGUGGCAGCCUCAGGGGGCGUGGCAAAGGUCGCGGCAGGGGCAGAGGUCGCGGCCGAGGUCGCUAUGACUACUCCCAUAGUUACAGGGAUUCCUACCUGGAUGGGUCCUCUGUGCCCCAGGAGUUUGGCACUAAUAUGAUGUAUUUCUAUGACGACGGUAACCGGAUACAGAUGUACACCAUAGAGGAGAGUCUGCUUAAAGAGUACAUCAAGCGCCAGAUUGAGUACUACUUUAGCUUGCACAACCUGGAGCGGGACUUUUUCCUGCGGAGAAAGAUGGACACCAAAGGUUUUCUGCCCAUCUCUCUGAUCGCUGGCUUCCGCCGUGUCCAGGCCCUGACCACUGACAUCAACCUCAUCAUGGAGGCGGUUAAAAACAGUGAUGUGGUGGAGCUGGUGGAUGAGAAGAUCAGAAGAAAGGAGGAUCCAGAGCACUGGCCCAUCCCCGGACCCCCUGUGGACUCCCCUCGCACAGACUUCACCCAGCUCAUCCACUGCCCUGAGUUCGUCCCAGGACAAACCUUCACCUGCCUCAAUGCAGGCUCAACCUCCCCAACCAAUCAGAUCACAGUCGAGCCCACCCCUGCCACAAACGGCCAAUUAAACGGCAGCUCCGAUACCGAGGCCAAACCCAACUCCAGCGAGUCGUCCGAAGCGGAGUCCAAAAGUGUGUCCAAGGCGGAAGAGAGGACCCCUGCUGGGCUGUCCAACAGCGUGCCUGAUGCAGAAACUCUUCGGGGCCUGUCCAGCAGUCUGCCUGACCGCGAGAGCCAGUGGAUCCAGGUGGAGAAACGGCACAGGAACACCUCCGGGAAGAACAAGCCACCUGUCAUUCUUCAUCAUCUUUCUCCUGUUCCUCAGCUUGAGCCUUCCCCUGUAACAGUGCGCUCAGAACCGGUUCAGUCCGGUCCGGACCUGCAGCCCGAGGCCGACCAGGAGGAGCUGGACUUCCUUUUUGAUGAAGAGAUGGAAAGAUUGGCCGCGCCUCGCAAAAACACUUUCACUGAUUGGUCAGAUGACGACUCGGACGGAGAACUGGAUGACAGAGACGUGAACAAAAUCUUGAUCGUGACUCAGACGCCCCCAUACCUGCGGAAACACCCGGGUGGCGACCGGACGGGGAACCACGUCUCCCGCGCCAAAAUCACCGCCGACCUCGCCAAGGCCAUCAACGACGGACUCUACUACUACGAACAGGACCUGUGGACAGAGGAGGACAAACUGCUGGACAGCACCAACAUUAAGGAAGUGGAGAACUUCAAAAAAAUCAGCAUGAUCAGCCAGGACGAGUUUGACACGUUGACACCUAAAGUACCCAUCGAUCCCAAACAGGAAGUGCCCCCACCUCCCCCUUGCCAAGAUGAGUCCAGCAUGGCCCACUCUGUCCCCGCUGAUGUCCCAGAACCCUCCAGUGCUCCCCGGACCCCCCGGACCCCGCGCACACCCGGCCGUCAGGACCCCACAAAAACGCCCCGCUUCUACCCUGUUAUCAAGGACAGCGGCAACAUUGAUGGAAAGACCCCCCGGAAGAGGAAAACUCGGCACAGCUCUAAUCCGCCGCUGGAAAGUCAUGUGGGCUGGGUGAUGGAUUCCAGAGAACACAGACCACGCACCAACUCCAUCAGUAGUUCUAACGCAUCUCCGUCAGAGGGCGCCCCCUUGCAGUCAGGCAGUUAUGGCUGCACCCCCCAGUCUCUGCCCAAAUUCUGGCACCCGUCCCACGAGCUGCUCCAAGAGAACGGCUUCACCCAGCAGGUUUACCACAAGUACCGCCGACGCUGCCUCAACGAGAGGAAACGGUUGGGAGUGGGUCAGUCUCAGGAGAUGAAUACGCUCUUCAGGUUCUGGUCCUUCUUCCUCAGGGACAACUUCAACAGGAAAAUGUACGAGGAGUUUAAGCAGUGCGCCUUGGAGGAUGCCAAAGAGAACUACAGGUAUGGCUUGGAAUGCCUGUUCCGCUUCUACAGUUACGGUUUGGAGAAGAGGUUCAGACCUGAGAUCUUCAAGGAGUUCCAGGAGGAAACCUUAAACGACUAUGAGAAAGGUCAGCUGUACGGUCUGGAGAAAUUCUGGGCGUUUCUGAAGUACUCCAAAGUUAAGGGCCAGGUCAUUGACCCCAAGCUGCAGGAACACCUCAGCAAAUUCAAGAGCAUAGAUGACUUCAGGGUGGAGCCACCCAUGGGCGAUGAGGGGGGCCGCAGGCGGAGACACUCAUCCUCCGGAGGCGACGAGAGCAGACGCAAACGUCACAACUCUUCUUCAUCAUCCUCCUCAAAACAGGCCCCGCCCACCAAGCCCUCCAAUCAUCCUGCUGCUGCAGCGGCCAAGAUGGAUUCAAACAGUCGGUCAGCUUCUCCAGCAAACACUAAAACCACUUCGGCCAAUCAGGGGCCAGCCAAGGCAGCCUCAGCCCAUCAGUCAGGAGGUGUGGCGAACAGCAAAACCACAUCAGCCAGUCAGCCGGCUGCUGCAGGGCCCGCCAAAGCACCCUCAGCCAAUCAGAAAGCAGCAGCAACAUCCGCCAAGGGCACCACAGCCAGUGAGCCGGCUACAACAACGAAGGCCCCACCCAAAGAAAACGUGAAGAAAAUUCCACAGUCUGAAACGCGCAAAGGAGAGUCAGCGGCAAGCAAAACCAAAGACGCACAUCCGCCAAAGAAAUGAGUUCCAGACUGUUUGGUGCUUCGAGUGACCACUGCUUCUGAUCUUAGCCUUUUUUCCAAGGCUGAUUGAGGUUUACGGUUUACACUGUAAAUCUGUUCUACGAGUGAAUCAGUCAAACCGUUAAAGUGAAGCCUGAGUGUUUAAACCAUCACAGCUGCAUUGAUUUCACUACGUCUAAGUGUCAACCAGAAUGUUGUAUUAUUUGUCCUAGCAGACAGAUUUUGACUCUUUUGUUUAUUGUUGUUUUGCCGUUUCAAUCAGGCACAAUCAGUGGACUGCAAAGAAUAAUGGGAGUCAAAACGUUCUGCUGUGAAGUUUACGAACACUGCAUCUAAUGCAGCUUAUGGACAAUGUGUUCACGUGUUGAAUGUACAUUUCUCUCUGUUUUAUUUUAUCUUUAGGGGUGCCUUACAUUUCAAAAGGAAAAAAAAACAUGACAACAAUAUAACCUAAAUGUAUCAGGAGGAUAUAUCGAACUUGAUUUUGUUUCUAAGGUGUCAUAACUUUUGCUGUUUGUGUGCCUG